AAAAAAAAAAACAUAUUUUGACCAAGUGGUUCUAUGUGUUACCGCUACUGUUCAUUAGCGCCUCCGCAAAAACCGCAACUGUAACGCUUCUUCGCCGGAAAAAGUUUACGCGACUUGUCGUCAUCACUUGGUUUACUCAGGAAGAUUACUACUUCCUUGUUUUUUAUUAUUGCUUACUUUUUUUUUUACUUCCACAUGAUCGCUUCCUUCUCCAGAUUCCAAAUCUCAAUCCCCGAUUUGAUUCCGUCUUCACCUCGAUUUCUUCGGCCUAGUCAACUCCAGUUCCGUUUCGGAUUACGCCUUAGAUUUCCCGCUCGAUCAAAGAGUCCAGAUCAAAUGGAGUGGAUGAACCGCCUUGGUAUCGGUUGUUUCGCGGCGAAUCGGAGCAAAAGAGAGCUGAAGACGGUUGACAGCGGCGGCGAGGAUUUUUUCGAUGCGGCUGCUAUGGAAUCUGCUGAGAAGCCGGAUCAUUUGGUGGUUAUGGUUAACGGAAUCGUUGGCAGUGCGGCGGAUUGGAAAUAUGCGGCGGAGCAGUUCGUGAAGAAGUUCCCGGAUAAAGUACUUGUUCACCGUAGCGAGAGUAAUAGUGCAACGUUGACAUUUGAUGGUGUUGAUAAAAUGGGUGAAAGGCUUGCUAAUGAGGUUUUGGCUGUUGUUAAGAACAGAAGUGGGCUGAAGAAGAUCUCUUUUGUGGCUCAUUCUUUAGGAGGUCUUGUUGCAAGAUAUGCCAUUGGGAAGCUGUAUGAACAGUCAGUGGAAGUCGACUCUUUGGACUCUCCUUCCAAGGACACGAGCUCGAGAGGAGGCGAAAUUGCUGGGUUAGAACCUAUGAACUUUAUAACUUUCGCAACGCCUCAUCUUGGUUCAAGAGGACAUAGACAGUUCCCGAUUCUUUGUGGCCUUCCGUUUCUUGAAAGAACAGCAUCCCAAACUGCACACUUGGCUGCCGGGAGGACUGGAAAACAUUUGUUUCUGGUGGACAACGAUGAUGGAAAUCCUCCACUUCUUAUCCGAAUGGCUACAGAUUGUGAUGACUUGAAAUUCAUAUCAGCUCUACAUGUUUUCAAGCGUCGGGUGGCAUAUGCAAACGUGAAUUUCGACUCCAUGGUUGGAUGGAGGACAUCUUCAAUUCGCCGUCCAAAUGAGCUCCCAAAGCCAAACCUCCUAGAAACUGAUCCAAACUAUCCACACAUUGUAUACGUCGAAAAUGGAAAUGUGGACAAUGGUAGUUGUCGGUCAACUUCCACAGUAGUAACAGAGCAAAACACUGAUCUCGAAGAGGAAAUGAUACAUGGACUCAGUCAGCUAUCUUGGGAAAGAAUAGAUGUCAGCUUUCACAAUAGCAAGCAACGAUACGUCGCUCAUAGUACCAUCCAGGUAAGUUUCUUAAAACUCAAAAGCAUUUCUGUUAAUGGCAUUUUACUUAAUGUUUUUUUUUUUUUUUUUUUUUUUUUAUGUGUAACUCUUGUAGAUUUGUUUUCUCCGUUUGGAGUUGUUUUGUUGACUUUUGUCGAUUAUAUGAAGUAGUA